CUAAAACCGUCCGAUCUAGGGCAAAUCUCACUGUCUCUCCUCAAAAAAUUCCAACCUAUAAAAACCUUCUCAAUAUACAUCUUCCAAGCAACAAAACCACAAACUAGGGUUUACUACCGGUAGAUUUCCUUUCCUUAAACCUAAAUUAAUCCCGGAGGUUAAAGUGACAGCUCCGUCGCCGUCCGCCUUGACAAAGCAUUUCUCGGAGCUUUCGUCUUGGCCCUCAAUUUUGUUCUUGUACUAAAUCGAAAUCCAUAAUUUAUCGAUUUUCUCAGGAAUUUGAUCUUUUCAAUCUUCAACAAUGGCAGUGAAACCAUCGAAAGCUGAUAAGAAAUUGGCAUAUGAUGCAAAGUUAUGCCAACUUUUGGAUGAGUAUAGUCAGGUUUUGGUUGCUUCAGCCGAUAAUGUGGGUUCGAAUCAGUUACAGGCUAUUAGAAAGGGUUUAAGAGGUGAUUCGAUUGUUCUAAUGGGAAAGAAUACUAUGAUGAAGAGAUCUAUUAGACUUCAUGCCGAGAGAACUGGCAAUGAGAAUUUGCGUAAACUUGAGCAGUUGUUGGUGGGAAAUGUUGGGUUGAUCUUUACUAAGGGUGAUUUGAAGGAAGUUAGGGAGGAGAUUUCUAAAUACAAGGUCGGAGCUCCUGCCCGUGUUGGUUUGAUUGCACCAAUUGAUGUCGUCGUCCCACCUGGUAACACUGGUCUUGACCCCUCCCAGACAUCUUUCUUCCAGGUGCUCAACAUCCCCACCAAGAUUAACAAGGGUACUGUCGAAAUUAUCACUCCUGUAGAGCUUAUCAAAAAGGGUGACAAGGUGGGUUCCUCUGAGGCUGCUCUGCUGGCUAAGCUUGGAAUCAGGCCCUUCUCAUAUGGUCUCAACAUUGAGUCGGUAUACGAUGAUGGGUCUGUCUUUAGCCCUGAAGUACUUGACCUCACUGAGGAUGAUCUUCUUGAGAAGUUCGCUACUGGUGUUUCAAUGGCCACUGCUCUUGCCCUUUCCAUCUCUUACCCGACUCUUGCUGCUGCUCUUCACAUGUUCCUCAACGGAUACAAGAAUGUUCUUGCUGUUGCUGUCGCUACCGACUAUGACUUCCCUCAGGCCGAGAAGGUCAAGGAGUACCUCAAGGAUCCUAGCAAGUUUGCUGUUGCGGCUGCUCCAGCUGCCGGUGCUGCUAGUGGUGGUUCUGGUGGUGCUGCAGCUGCUCCUGUUGAAGAGAAGAAGGACGAGCCUGCUGAGGAAUCAGAUGAUGAUAUGGGUUUCAGUCUCUUUGAUUAAGAUUUACCAUUAUUAUUUAUCAAGACUUAUUAGGAUACCUCUUUUUGAGGCUCUAUGUUACAUGAUGAUGACAUCUUUCAGACUUCAAGCUUUCAAGCUUUGUUUCAGAUUCCUAUUCUAGUUACAUUUAGUUGGAUGAAAUCAUGUUCAAUAUUUUUAUACUGAUUAUGCUUCAGACA